AUCUGAGAAAGCGUUGCUCUGUUCAAACACUGAUGAGGUACCACAAGCACGAGCAGAAUAUCCGGAGACGCACAGUUUCCAACUAUAGACGGAUCGCUAAAAACAAAACCUAGUUCAUUGGAAUUCACAUAGCUCAGUAAACGAAGGCACGGACAAAUCUCUUCAGCUGGGGUGGAAGAGCGACGGCUGAAGACAGCUGUCUAGAAGAAGGAACCAGAGAAAAACAGCCAUGACAGAAUACUACCAGAUCUUAGGGGUCCAGAGAAACGCUUCGGCCGAGGACAUUAAAAAAGCGUACAGAAAGCUAGCACUAAAGUGGCAUCCAGACAAGAACCCAGACAACAAGGAAGACGCAGAGAGGAAGUUCAAAGAGCUUUCAGAAGCCUAUGAGGUCCUGUCAGACGCAAACAAGAAGAACCAGUAUGACCGGUAUGGUAAAGAAGGCUUGGCUGGAAACGGAGGCAGAGGAGGGCAUUAUCACAACGGUGAUCACUUCAGUGGUGGGUUCACAUUCCGUAACCCCGAGGAUGUCUUCAGGGAAUUCUUCGGAGGUCGAGAUCCAUUUGCCGAUUUCUUCGACGAUGACUUCUUCGGUGGGGGACACAGGCAGCGGGUGGUGAACCAAAGUAGGACCGGAGGAUCCUUCUUCCACGGAUUUGGUGGCUUCCCCCCCUUCGGGGCGGGCUUCCCAGGGUUUGGUUCAGGUGCGCUUCCCCUGCAGCACGGUUUCACCUCCCUGGGACAUAUGGGUGGAGGAGGCUUCGCCUCGUUUUCCUCUUCAUCUUUCGGAGGUGGAGGAGGAAUGUGCUCCCGCUCGGUGUCUACCUCCACCAAGUUCAUUAACGGCAGACAAAUCACCACAAAACGGAUUGUGGAGAACGGCCAGGAGAGGGUGGAGGUGGAGGAGGACGGUCAGUUAAAGUCUCUAACCGUCAACGGUCUGGAAGAUGACAACCGGCAGCAGAACAACCUCCUUGGUCUCCCCUCCCACCAACGCUUCCUGAAGAAUAGCCCACAGAACCCCCCAGAGGAAGACGAAGAGCGCGGCCAACAGAGCCUGGGACUCGCCAGAGGACACAUGGACACCAAGAGGAAGAAAUAUCCUUGGAGGCAGGAGGCGGAGCUCAAAAAGAAGAGAACACCUCGAUUGGCUCCUCGAAUCGGUGCCUGGUUCUAAAGCACCACCAUGGCUCCGCCCUUCCCUGUACGUGUCAUCCGGAGGGAAAGAACAUCAGUAGAUUAACACAACUCAGCCGUAGGGUUGCCAAAUUCAGGUUACUCUUCCAAAGAUUCCAGAUUUUGUAGAAAUCCCAGUUGGACGAUUCCCGGAAUCAAGAGGGAAUAAGCAGGAUAUCCGGAUCCUCCAACCACAGGUUUUCUGGAAAACCUGGGAAUUUUGGGAAAGUUACAGGAAUUUUUCAAACCAUGCCAACCCACCACUGUGCCAGGUCUCCCCUUGUCUAUCAACUUCUCAGUGCAAACAGCAAAUCUCAUUAGCCAUCUUCUAUGCAAGACAUUAGACUUUGUCACGGUCUGUUUUCUAUCCUCAUGGCUCUGCUGUGUUCUCUACUCAGUUCAACUUUCAUUACCAGUAGAACUGCCAGUAGAGGCCAUAGUUUAUUUAUUUUUGAAGAUGUCAGUAGAGAGGAGCUAUUCUGUUUUUUUCUGGAUUUUGCAUUCCUCACAAAUGGUAGUACCGGAGGACCUUAACAUGAGCAUGUGCACAUUAGGUCAUAAUUUGUCUCCUCUGAAUGGAAUUAUACAUUUUUCCUCAAACGUACUUUCUGAAAUAUUUCUAGUUUUGUUUUUUAAAGGGGCAAUCAGCAGUAGCUACAUCCAUUUCUGCUCUUAUAAAUGAAUGAUAUGUCCACAUUGAUUCUUGAUGAAUAUAACUUAUAAAUGCCUCAUGAGCUUAGUUCAACUGUUGUACCCCAUCAGAAUCGAAAGUAUAUGGGCUCUAUUCAAUCUACAUCGUGGAAGUUGUGCUUCACAGUGUGAUUUGACAUUUUAAAGGCAAUGUUCCCGCAUUCGCAGAGACUGCAUUCACGGUAAACGCUGCACAUGUCGGCUCAAUCGGAAAUUACCUUUAAAUUUCUAUCGCUAUACAGAUUGAAUAGAGCCCUAAGCUUGUUUAACUCCAAUGUUUGUAAACAAAGUAAAUGUAAACAAACACUACCUAGCCUCAAAACAUGGUUAAAAAUAGUGUUGAUAUCAAGGCUGUUCAAUCCUUGCGUUCAUAGAUCAGUCUAUGAAUUUGAGAGUGGUUACAUUUCUCCAGCCCCAUCCAUUAGCUUUUUACCAAAACAGGUGCGGGUAGUGGCUUUGUUAUUGUUUCUACUGCUAAUUGCCACUUUUUAAAUGGAUGUGAUGUAGAGUAAAUGUAAUGGAUGUGAAUGGUCUGGAAGAGCCUGUAACAGGAAUCUAAGGGAUGAUGCCAGAGACUCUGAAGGAAAUAAAGGUAUAGGGGAGUCUUUUAAACCUUAAAGGGAUAGUUCAUCCAAGUGAUUUGGGUGAACUGUCCCUUUAAAGACCCAUUUGAGGAACUGUCCAGAGACCAGAGAACUUGGCUUAUCUUAAAGGCAAAAGAGCAAAAAAAUAAAGUUGAAUUGCUGAUCAAAAACACACUUAUUGUAAAAAAGGGCUUUAAAAAUAUUUUUGAUUGAUGUAGAAAUCAUACAACAAUAUACUGUAGGUUUUUGUCUGCACUGAGUGAAAUAUUGUCACUGCAAGAAAGAACAGUAACACCAAAGUAGCCAUCUCACUUUCUCCCCCCUCUCACUUUCUCCCCCCCUCUCACUUUCUUUCCCCCUCUCACUUUCUUUCCCCCUCUCACUUUCUUUCCCCCUCUCACUUUCUUUCCCCCCUCUCACUUUCUUUCCCCCCUCUCACUUUCUUUCCCCCCUCUCACUUUCUUUCCCCCCUCUCACUUUCUUUCCCCCCUCUCACUUUCUUUCCCCCUCUCACUUUCUUCCCCCCCUCUCACUUUCUCCCCUCUCAAAAAGGCUUGUCACUCGGUUUUUACACUCCACUGCUUCGGUUGGGAUGGAAACCUGGUAUGGAAGUUCCUGUGUUGAACAUGUUUAUAACUCUUUACAGAACAGUUUAAAAAAAAUAUUCUUUGAUUGGUUUAGUUUUUAUUGUCAAUUUUCUUUUAUUCAUGCCCAAUGCCAGGGGAGAUGGAAUGCAUGCGAGUUUCCUUCUCUAUAAACACCCACCAAUAAAGCUUCAUGUCAACCAGAUAUGUGAUGGUUAUGUAGUCACAUUGUUAGGUGGUUGCUGAGGGACGUAUCACAUUAUCCUUCAAUAAAGACAGAACGUAUUAGGUUCCCAAGGUAGUGAAAUAAUGGAUGUAAUCUAUUGAAUACCUUUACUCUCAUUAUGAGCCUUUUGAUGGCAUCUGAAAUGUUGCUUUCAAUAUGAUGCAUGGCCUUGUAUUCAUUGUGACGCAUGCUUGUAGCUGUGUAAUUAUGAAUUGUAGGCAUUAAAUAGUGACACGGUCCAAGUGAAAAACAUUUCAGGCGUCACUUGCUUUUCCUGAACAUUUGCCAUUUUAAACGUAUUGAAUGCAUUUCUUCCCAGUCAUUGGUCGAAAAAAAAGCAUUCAACGUCAGUUCUAUGUUCAGCAACUUUCAGAACUCAAUGAACAUGCACCUCUGGACUUCAAAUAUGACUUCUUUUUUUGUUGAAAGUUUAUUCUUCCAGAUUAUUUCAAAGUCUGUACUCUAGGUUGCUUGAAAAAAACUAAAAAGGUAUCGGAAUUGGGCAGCAUAAACAAAGCAGAAUAGACCAGUGUCCCAAAUGGCACUCCCUGUAUAGUGCACUUCUUUUGACUAGGGCUCUAUGGGGAAUAUGGUGUAGGGGAUAGUGUGCUGUUUGGGAUGUAAUACUCUCCUCUUUUAAAAGUGCACUCCUUCCUUAAUUGAAAAGACCUCUUCAGAACAGCCCUGGAUUAGGCUGUCAUUGGCAGGGCUGUGAAGGCAGCGACAUUCUCUGUGUGAAUGUCGACAGUGUGUUGUAUUAUUCAUGGGCGAAAAAACAUGCACACGACCUACAGAGUAAUUUGGCCCUUGUUCCUAGGAACCAGUCUCUAAGGGUUUAAUUAAAGUCUUUGGAGGCAGUGGCCCAUCUCCCUCCAUUAAAUGAAAGGCAAACACUCUAUGCAUCCCAAAUUGAACCCUAUUCCCUAUACAGUGCACUACUUUUGACGGGCUCUGGUCAAAAGUAGUGCACUACCCUUUCGUUUAAACACAGCCUUCCUCCCUGAGUUGUGUGUCUGUCCUCCUGACUUAGGAAGACAGUGAGAAGUGUAGUGCCCAUUCAAAAAAGACAAACAUUAUUUUAUCUGUAAGAGAAAUUAACAUGGCUCUGAAUUUGGAAGUCAACAACGGGUACUGUAAAUGUAUGGCAAUAGUAUUUUUUUCUUUCUAUUUUCAUGCUAAAACCAAACAUUUUGUUAUUGUUUAGAGUGAUAGACAUAAAUUCGGUGUUGUUACAUGCAUCAUGUAUAUGGUGUCCAUAUUAGGACAGCCUCUGAAGCUGGUCACGUCAGCCAAUCACGUGGUUGCUUUGGAGAACGAGUUAAUGACUAUGAUGGUCAUCAUAAACUCCUGAAUCAAACUUU